CGCCAAGCUAUCUAGUUGUGUUUGACGCCGGUCGCCGAACGGUGAUAACGAAAUUAUUAUGAACUUUAUAUUAUUGUAUUUCCACUGUUUUAUACUCUUUGUCUUUUUGCACUGUGUUAAUUCGUAUCAACGCAAUGUAUUAGAUUCGCAAGUAUGUUUUUCCAAUGGAUUCAGUUUCGGUGUGGCUACCGCAUCGUACCAGAUUGAAGGCGCUUGGAAUGUGUCAGGUAAAGGCGAGAGCAUAUGGGACAGGCUCACCCACGCGCACCCAGAGAUGAUAUUAGACCACCAGAACGGCGACGUGGCAGAUGGUUCCUACUACAAGGUGAAGGAAGAUGUAGCGUUGAUGGUGGAGUUGGGAAUCAGCUUCUACCGGUUCUCCGUGUCCUGGCCACGGAUUUUACCGAACGGGCUGAGCAACUACGUGAAUGAGGAUGGUGUCAGAUACUACAAGGAUUUAAUUGCUGAGCUUCACCGCAACAACAUUACUCCUGUCGUCACCAUGUACCACUGGGAUCUGCCGCAGUGUCUCCAGGAACUCGGCGGGUGGACCAAUCCUAUAAUGGCUGAUUACUUCGUUGAUUAUGCUAGGGUGCUUCUAGACACUUUUGGAGAUGAAGUAAGAAUCUGGUUGACAUUCAACGAGCCAUACAGCUUCUGUGAAGAUGGAUAUGGCGGUCUGGAUGCUCCAGCUGCUAAUUCCAGUGGCUUCGAAGAUUACAUGUGUGGCCACAAUGUACUCCGAGCUCAUGGCAUGGUCUACCGCAUGUUUGACAACGAAUAUCGGGAGAAAAUUGGAGGUCAUAUGGGUAUUACAUUAGAUUUCGCAUGGUUGGAGCCGGCUACGACAUCUGUUGAAGAUCAACAAGCUGCAGAAACUGCCAGACAAUUCUACUUUGGCUGGUUCGCGCAUCCAAUAUUCUCGGAAUCUGGAGACUAUCCGCCUGUCAUGAGAAGUCUCAUUGACGAGAACUCAAAGCGGCAAGGCUUCCAUCGCUCGAGACUGCCUUACUUUACUUCUGAAGAAGUGGAAAUGAUACGAGGAGCUUACGACUUCUUGGGCUUGAACCACUAUACCACGUAUUUGGUGAAACGUGGCUCUCAAAGGCUUAACGUGCAACCAUCAUUUAAAGAAGAUAUGAAUGCAGUAAGGUUCCAGAGAGAUGACUGGCCUAAAACUAAUUCUACGUGGUUGAAGGUGGUGCCAUGGGGUUUCAGAAAAGUUUUGAACUGGGUGCGACUGAACUACAGGAAUCCUAAGACCUUAAUUACUGAGAACGGUGUGGCAUUCCCGCGUGGUCUUCGUGACACAAAGCGUGUUAAAUUUAUCGAUAGUUACCUUCGAUCCUUGCACACUGCUAUAUAUCAAGAUGGAUGUUUUGUCAUCGGCUAUACUUACUGGAGUUUGCUCGAUAACUUUGAGUGGACUAGAGGAUAUACGGAACGUUUUGGUCUAUAUGAAGUGGAUUAUCAGUCUCCCGACCUGACCAGGACCGCUAAACUCUCUGCAAAAUACUUCACCAAUGUAGCCAAGACUGGGUGCUUGCCAAAUAACUUUGCUGACUAUACUUAUGACACUGAUUAAGUACUUUGUUUUUAGAACAUAAUUAUCUUGUCCAAAUUAAAAACAAUCUGACAGCUUUGUGUGAGAUACUGAGCUGUGACGUCAUUUUCACCACAUGAGUUUUUUUAUCAAAUUAUUGACAUAUUGUUUUUAUACAAUAUACUAAAGAUAUAUACGUAAGUCAUUUAUAAGCUGACAUUCUUAU